CCAUCAACCUUCACCAUGGCCGCUCUUGACGCUUUGCCACUCCGCGAUAACUGGGCGGACGAUGUCAGAUUGGAGGCGACCAAGAUCAUAUACUCGAUCAACGGGCUUACAUGGGACGGGAAAGACGAGCGCCACCAAGAUUCGGAUUUCAUAGAGGCUAGGCUAGCCUUCAUUGCACGGAGCUGGAUUGCGCUUUGCGCAGGCCCCAAGGGCUCGCCAACCUUAGAUGCCGACUCACGAAGAAUCGUCAAGCCUCUCACCAUCCCGAGCAUCAUCCCUAGAAGUCGGGCCACUGAAGAGACUGGGAGCCUGGAAUGGGAUGUUCAGGAUCUGACAGGAAGCGGCGCAUAUGCGCAAAGUCGUCACCUCUCGGUAGACCCUUUGCUCGCGGAUGUUCUCGCGGCCAGGUCUAGAGCCGGAGGAAGACGUCAUCAGAAUGACAUCCUUGCUGACCCGACCAGAGAUUAUCAGAUCGAUCUAGCCACGAACGAAGGUUUCCGACAGGCCGCGAAGAAGAAGAACAACAAGAAGGGAGGGGCGGCGAAACCCAACUAUAUCAGCAACAACAGCAACAGCAACGGUAACAACGACGAGGGCGAGAAGAAGGACGCUGAAGGAGGUGACGCUGGCGCCAAUGGUGAUGGGACCGGGGGCUCUGGCGGUAGCCCCAACGGAGAUGGCGGCGGUGGGGACGAAAACAAAGACGACGACAAGAAAGAGGAUGAGAAAAGAGAGGAAGGAACGGUAGAAGAGAAGGCAGAAGAGAAGACUGAGGAAGCUCCGCCGCCUCCCGAGGAUGACUUGGUCGGUACUGGUUCUAAGAAGAAGAAGAAGGGCGUCGCAGAACCCGAGCCUCCGGCAGUGGAAGAUCCGAAGAAGUCUACCGAUUCUGGUUUAGCCGCCGCUUCAGCAGGGCCUACCUUUGAUUCCUUCUCGAACAUCAAGAUGAACGGGAAUCGUGAUCCGCCUCGGAAAGAAGAGCCCAAGCCAGCGCAAAAGAGCGGGUUUGGUGGCUGGAGCGGCUUGGGAUGGGGUGGACUUGGCCUGGCAUCAAAGGUUGUCGAGAAUAGCCCGUGGGGUCUCAAGUCCAAAAUCGGAGUGGGCUUCUCUUUUGGAGACGGUUCUGGCUCUGAAGAGCACAUUCAGAGACCGAAAUCAAGUGCAAGACAGGUUGAGAAACUGGCUGAGAAGCCACUCGAAAGACCAGUCGAAAAGCCGGUCGAAAAACCAGUCGAAAAGCCAGUGAAAAAGUCGGCCGAGAAACCUGUCGAAAGACCAACUGCGCCAGAAAAGCUUUCGGAUGACCCACCGGCAGACGACUGGUUCGCCUCCGCGUCCACCGCAACAGCUAAGAAGAAGAAGAAUGAUCUUCUUGUCCAAGAGGCCAAGGUGGAACCGGGCUCUAAAUCAGGAGGGAAUGAUGCAUGGGACUUCUGGGGAGCGCCCAAGAAUAAGAAGAAGCCUCAACCUGAUCCCGAACCAGAACCGGAGCCUGCGCCAGAGCCUCCCAGGGAGCCAGAUCCUAAGCCGGAACCGACCAAGAGCACAGAAACAGAUGAUGCCUGGGGAGCUGCCCCCGUAAAGGGUAAGAAGAAGAAAGGUAAGAUCACCAUUGCCAAUGAACAGCCAAAGGAGCCGGAUCCUCCCCGUGAACCAACAGCUGAACCCGAGCCUGAGCCAAUUCCCGAUCCAACACCCGAGCCACCCAAGUUGUAUGAAGAGGACAAUCCAUGGGCGAACAUUGCCACAACAUCGAAGAGGAAGAAGAAAAAGGGGAAGAACGCCGUGCCGGAGCCGGAGUUAGAGCCUGUCAAAGAGCCCGAGCCUGAACCGGAACGAGCGCUCACCCCUGAACCUGUUCCUGACCCAGAGCCGGAGCCGGAACAGGAGGUGGAGGAUUCCUGGGGUUGGGGUACUUCGUCCAAGAAGACCAGGUCGAAGAAGGGCAAAAAAAUCGAGCCUGAACCAGAGCCAGAGCCAGAGCCACCCAAGGACCCGGAACCAGAACCUGAGCCUGAGCCUGUCCCAGAGCCCGAAAAGAAACAAGAAGAUGACUUUUGGAGCUUUGGCGUCACUGCGACUAAGGGGAAGAAGAAGAAGGGCAGGAGUAAAGACCCAGAGCCCGAGCCUGCCAAAGCACCCGAACUCGAACCUGAACCCGAGCCUGUUCCGGAGCCCGCGCCGGAGCGUUCUAAGAAGGAGGAAGAUGAUCCAUGGGGCCUUGCAGCUACUUCCUCCAAGAAGAAGAAGAAGGACAAAGGGAAAAAGGCUGCUGAGCCUGAGCAUGAGCCUGAACCUGAACCUGCGAAGGAACCGGAGCCCGAGCCCGAGCCAGAACCAGAACCGGAGCCUGAGUCGGAGCCUGACAUUUUAGAACACAGUAUGUGGAGCUUUGGGUUUUCUACUAAGAAGAAGAAGGGCAAGAAGGAACCCGAGCCAGAACCUCCAAAAGAGCCUGAACCAGAACCGGAGCUGGAGCCUGAGCCUGAGCCUGAGUCAGAACCCGAGCCUGAGCCCGAACGUCAAAAGAAAAGAGAAGAUGACGAUCCAUGGGGCCUGAGCACAUCAUCGAAGAAGAAGAAGAAGGAGAAGGGCAAAAAAGCUGUCGAACCUGAGCCUGGACCGGAGCCAGUCAAGAAGUCGAAAGACAAGAAGGACAAGAAGGGUAAGAAGGUGGCCGAGCCAGAACCAGAACCCGAGAUGGAGGCUGUCCCCGAGCCGGAACCAGAACCGGAAAAUGACGACGACGAUGCAUUCUGGGGCUCUCUGAGCGGCAACAAGAUGGCCCAUCACGAGACUUCAAGCACCAAGGACCUUCUUGACUUGGACAACAAGAACGGUAGCCAUGUCGAAGCUGACCCGCGUGCGUCUACCGAGAGCAGCGGCGGCUUCUUUGGUUGGUUGUCAGGCAAGAAUAAGAAGAAGUCUGGGGAGUCGUCGGAUGUGUCCACCAAGCCGGAACCAACGCCAGAAGAAAUUGAGAGGGCUGCUGCCGAAGAGGAAAAGCGCAAAGUGGAGGAGGCUGCAGAGCAGGCACGCAGGGAAGCUGAAGAGGAGCUUGCCAGAGAGGAGGAGCAGGAACUAGCUGCUCUCGUGGCCAAGAAGAACAAGAAGAAGCGAAAAGGUAUCUCGAGAGCUGAACAAGAGCGGAUGGAUGAGCUUGAGGCGAAUGCCAACAGGCGGGCAUUGGCAAAAGAAGCGCGUGAGGCAGAAGAAGCAGACCGAGAACGGGAACGACAGGAAGAGGCCGACCACGAUGCCAAGAAAGCUGAAGAAAAGGCAAAGCUAGAGGCUGAAGAGGCUGCUGAGCGGGAGCGCGAAGAGGAAGAACGUGAACGACAGGAGGCUGAGGCUGCAGAGGCGGCGGCGGCGGCUGCAGCAGCAGAAGAAGAAGCAGCUGCAGCGGCAGAAGCAGAAGCUGCAGCAGAACGAGCACGGGCAGAGGCAGCAGCAGAGGCCGAGGCAGCGUCUUCCAAGAAGUCUAAGAAGGGUGAUAGAAAGAGUAAGAGUAAAAGGGAUAAGGAACGUGAGCGGGAAGAAGAGGAGGAGAGGGAACGUGACAGGGAACGCGAGAGGGAGCGUGAGAGGGAGAGGGAGAGGGAGCGCGAGAGAGAAAAAGAAAAAGAAAAGGACAAAAAGAAAGAUAAGGAUAGGGAUAAGGAUAGGGAUAAGGAUAAGGACAAGGAUAGGGAUAAGGAUAGGAAGAAGGAUAAAAAGAAGGGUAAAGAGAAGGAAAGGGAAAGGGAGCGAGAAAGGGAGAAGGAGAGGGAAAGGGAGAAGGAGAAGGAGAAGGAAGAGGAGGAUGAGGCCAACUAUCUAACUGCCGAAGACGAAGACGAUCUUUUCAAAGACCUCAACGAUGCUGAUAUCACAGCCGAGCAACUCGAGGAGCUACUGGAUGACGGGCCCGCGGGUAAGGGACUCAAAGACAAAGCGUCGAUUGAGCCAGUUGAAACGAGGGAUGGGCCCGGCGAUGACCCCUUCAGCUUCUGGGGGGCUGCGAAGAAGUCAAUCUCCAAAAGCCAAAAAACCAGUUCGCUGCUGCCUCAGGCACUGGACAGUCCACCGCAACCACCAGAGCCGGAUAUUCAUACAGGUAGCAACCAUGCUGAGUCAUCGUCCAAGAUCCUGUCAGCUCUGGGUGCUUUCGGCGGCAAAUCGGUGUGGCACACCGAAGCUGGGACCUCGCCAUCACCCGAUCUGGCCAAGCCGACGAAACCCAGAAGCAACAAGAUCGCCGAUCGCAUGCGCGCCUUUGAAGUUGCCGACGACGAUAAGGAUAUCUCGGGCGCUGAACACGACAACGACAACGACAAUGACGAUAGGGGCAAGAGGCGCGACAAGGACGAUAUUUACGACGAAGAGAAAGACAGUCGCGACAACCACAGGGCCGGAGCUUGGGGUGAGUACGGCGGCUACGAACAAUACGACCCCUACGAGUACGAAGCACCGAUCGACGAUAUUCCUCCCCGAACCGCUCCACCACCUCCCGCUCCCGUUGAGGUUGUAACGCCCAAGGAGGAGAGGAGGAAAAAGAAGAGCAAGGACAAGAAGGGCAAAGAAAAGGACAAGCCCAGAAGCUCGGAACCUGCUAUCAUCGACGUCGAAGCCUUUGCAGCUCCUCCGCCUCCUCCCCCACCUGCGCCGCCUUCUCCUCCGCCAGCAGCAGCCCCCUACCUCCCGCGCUCAACACACACCGGCUUUCCUGGCGGCUUCCCGCUCGACGACGAAGACCACCUCGACGAUCACCCCCGCCGGCGCAACAUCAUGGAUUCAGGAGACGAUGACGAGAUUGUUGAUAUCAUCGAAAUGGCGCCGGAAAAGAAAGUCAGUAAACGGUCGAGAAGGGCUGCCAGCUCUCCCGAGGUCGUUGAUGAUGAGAUCCAUCCACCACCUCCUCCUCCUGUUCCGGUACCGCCCCCUGCUGUUCCUGAUCCGCCGCCUCCGCCCAUGUCGCCCAUGUCCCCUCCUUUUUCACGCUCUGUCAAGAAAGAGCGGACUAAAAUCAAUCGCGACGGUGCAUCUUGGAACAUGUGGUCAGCUGCUGCUCCCCCUCCGCCUCCGCCUCCUCCUCCACAGGAGCCUAGUCCCAAGAAAUCAUCAUCAAGAAGUAAAGAAAAAGAGAGGGAAAGGGAAUCAAGCUCCAGGAAGAAGGCGUCCUCUGCUGCCAAAGCUGAGAAGUCCUCAUCCAGAGAUUCAGGGUCGGAGGAUAGGCCAGAGAAGAUUGACAGGGUGCGCUCCAAAGACAACCCGGCAAAUCGAUUCCCUAGCGUUUUCGCCAGCACUCCCCCCAUCUCUCGGAAUGUCGCAACCCGUGAGAAACGACACACUUCAAGCAGCAAGCCAAGUUCACGGCGGCAGUCUGUGGAAAUGUCUGGUGGAAUCAUGAGCCCACCCCCUGAGGAGAUGUCGUCCAAGGCGGCCAAGAUCCUUGGUGUCGGUGGUGCUGCCGGCCUUGCUACUGGCCUCGGCAUCGGCCUUUCAAGAUCCAGCGGUAGACGCAGUAGAAAGUGUAAGGAUACAUCGGUCGAUGGACGAUUUGGUGACCACUUUGCUAACCGUGUCUCAGCCGUCGACGAGGAGGGAGAUGUGGUCAUGGUCGAUCCCACACCACCCAGCCCGGACAAGGCGGAACGGCGUCGGUCGAGAGUGAGUUGGACAACCCCGGUAUCGAACCCCCCCGGACGGAAUACUGACCACGGGCCGCAACAGCAAUACCCUCCCCGUCCGGAGGAUGAUGUUGUCAUGGUUGAUGCCGGGGAUGCGACCCCUACUCGACCUCCUCUCAAGCGCUCAGCCUCGAGCGCGAAUAAGAAAUCGGGGUUCUCUUCUCUCUUUGGUGGUGUCUUUACACCGAGCAAGUCGGAUCCCCGUUUGGAUCCGCGCUCCACAGACCCUCGUCUGGAUUCGCGCCCAGAGCCUCGUAGGCGCAGCACUGCUUUUACAACGACGGAUGAGGAAGCUGGAAGACGAGUCGAAGAGGAUGAAGCUGAGCGGGAGGCUCGCCGCGCUGCUCGUCGUGCUGCACGCCGAGCCGAGAAGGAAGCUGCAGAGAGGGGUGCAGGUGAACAAGCAGCCGAGGAAGCCCGCCGGGCCAAGGAUGAAGAACGCCGUCGGCGACGCAAGAGACAAGAAGAAGAAGAAGAGGCCCGCAGACAGGAAGAAAAAGAAGCACGGCGUGCGGAAAGACGUGCUCAACGUGCUCGGGAGGAAGCUGACAGGCGAUAUGCAGAGCAGCCGGAUUCUGAGAGAGCGGAGCGUCGCAGGCAACGUGCAGAGAGGGAGGCUGCCGAAGCCGAUGCUCAGGCCCGCCGGGCAGCGAGACACCAGGAGCGUCGCCGCGGUCACCAGCCGGAAGAGCCGGCUCGGGAUAUUGUUGAAGAAGAACGCCACCACCGUCGUCACCGCAGCCACCAGCCCGAAGAUUUUGCACAGCGUGACCCAGAAGAAGAAGAACGACGCCGUCGCCGUGAUGCAAGACGCGCUGCGCAAGAAGCCCAAGUGAGGGAGGAGCGUCAUCAUGUGAACGGACGACAUCGUUCUGAACCUCCUGUCGAGCACUCGGUAUAUCCUAAUGAGCACCAGCACGCAAGAGAAAACACGGCUGGCUCGUGGCCGCAUUCGGGCACGUCAUCCUGGGUGAAGGAGCAUUCUGAUGCGCCACCGCCUCCAGAAAAUGAGGAAGAAGAUGAGGGUCCUCUCCCCGUCGAAGAGGUGAUUGAUGAGGAAGAGGCACGCCGUGAAGCUCGUAGGGCGAGACGUCGGUCAAGAUAUGCUGAGGCGGCAGCUGUUGAGAAUGGCGGGAUGACUGCUGAAGAUCUUGACGAGGAAAGACGAAGAAGAAAGCGACGCGAGGAACGGGAGCGGGAUAGGGAGAGGGAGAGGGAUCGUGCUGAGCGUGAUCAUCGCUACCCCCCCGAACGGGACUAUCACAAAGGAUCGGAUGGCAGUGGAGAUGUGCGCCGUGAUCCUCGACGCAGCUCAACAUUCGAUGCUGCCACGCCAAGAAGCUCGUGGUGGAAGAGACUCGCUGGGAAAAACUGA